AUGGCCAUUGGAGACGAGGAUAUCUUGAGCGAUGUUGUGCCCAGCAACAUCGUCUCGCGUCGCGAGACUCCUGGAGAUGAGGGUGAAAGCGAGUACGACGUACCUGUACCCGAGGACGACGACGACGAGCUCAUGAGUGAGACUGAGGAGCCAUCAUUUACUGGAAAGGGAAAAGGCAAAGCCGCUACCGGUGAUAGGGCUGAGAGGCAACAAAAGACGCAGAAGAGGAAGGCGGCGGAGGGAAAGUUGAAUGAGAAGCGGCAAGAGAUGGACAAGGCAAAGCUUGCCGAUGCUAUCAAACGUUACUCAUAUCUUCUUGGUCAAACUGAUUUGUUUAAACACUUCGUUGAUAUGAAGCGUGCACGCGAUCCCGAGUAUGCUGCACUGCUUGACGCGCAACCGAAGCCUAAAGGGCGUGGCCGGAAGAAGGCAGCCGACAACGGCGCGCGUCACCGCAAGUCCGAGAAGGAGGAGGAUGCAGAGUUGAUGAAGGAGGACAACGAGGCUGACGACCAGCCGUACGUCUUCGAGGAGUCGCCACCCUUCAUCCAUGGUCAAAUGCGUCCGUACCAAUUGCAGGGUUUGAACUGGAUGGUCUCGCUCCACCACAACGGUCUUAACGGUAUUCUCGCCGACGAGAUGGGUCUCGGCAAGACGCUCCAGACCAUCUCCUUCCUCGCCUACCUCAAGCAUGUCCGAGACGUCCACGGCCCUCACCUCGUCGUCGUGCCCAAGUCAACACUGCAGAACUGGGCACGCGAGUUCGAGAAAUGGGCUCCCAGCUUCAACGUCCUCUCGCUCUCGGGUUCAAAGGACGAGCGUGCAGAGCUCAUCGCCAACCGUCUAUUGCCGCAGGACUUCGACGUGUGCAUCACGACCUACGAGCUGUGUUUGAUCGAGAAGGGUGCGCUCAAGAAGCUGAGCUUCGAGUACAUCGUCAUCGACGAGGCCCACCGCAUCAAGAACGUCGACUCCAUCCUCUCUCAGAUCGUCCGCGCGUUCACAAGCCGUGGUCGUUUGCUCAUCACGGGCACGCCGCUGCAAAACAACUUGAAGGAGUUGUUCGCGCUGCUCAACUUCAUUGCGCCGGAGAUCUUCUCGGACUAUGCGGACUUGGAGGCGUUCUUGCAUAAGGAUGAGGGAGCGGAGGACGCGGAUGACGAGAAGAGCAAGAAGGUCGUCGAGGCGCUGCAUAAGAUCUUGCGGCCGUUCUUGUUGCGUCGUGUCAAGGCCGAUGUCGAGAAGAGCUUGUUGCCGAAGAAGGAGAUCAACAUCUUCAUCCCGCUCACCGAGAUGCAGCGCAAGUGGUAUCGCUCCGUGCUCGAGAAGGACAUCGACGCCGUCAACGGUCUCACGGGCAAGAAAGAGGGCAAGACGCGUCUCAUGAACAUGGUCAUGCAACUCCGCAAGGUCACCUGCCACCCCUACCUCUUCGACGGCGCCGAACCCGGUCCACCGUACACCACCGACGAGCACCUUGUCGAGAACGCCGGCAAGAUGGUCAUUCUCGACAAGCUCCUGCGCCGGAUGAAGGAGAAGGGCUCGCGCGUGCUCAUCUUCAGCCAAAUGAGCCGCAUGCUCGAUAUUCUGGAGGAUUACUGCUUGUUCCGCGAGUACAAGUACUGCCGCAUCGACGGUGGUACUGCGCACGAGGACCGUAUCGCUGCGAUUGACGAGUACAACAAGCCGGAUAGCGAGAAGUUCAUCUUCUUGCUUACGACGCGCGCUGGUGGUCUCGGUAUCAACCUUACGACGGCCGAUAUCGUCGUGCUGUACGACAGCGACUGGAACCCUCAAGCCGAUCUACAGGCCAUGGACCGCGCUCAUCGUAUCGGUCAGACGAAGCAGGUCUACGUUUACCGCUUCGUCACCGAGGACAGUGUCGAGGAGCGCAUGCUCGAGCGCGCUGCGCAGAAGUUGCGUCUUGACCAGCUUGUCAUCCAACAAGGUCGCCAGACGGCUCAGAAGCAGGCGAACAAGGAGGAGCUCAUGGAGAUGAUCACUGCUGGCGCCGAAAAGAUCGUGAACGGCACUGGCGAGUUCAAGGUCGACGACGAUAUCGACGCUAUCAUCGCCCAAGGCGAGAACCGCACGACCGAGCUCAACUCGCGCUACGAGGGUCUCAACUUCGACGACCUCGCCAAUUUCAAGUCCGAAUCCACCGUCCAACAAUGGGAAGGCCAGGACUUCCGUCCCGGUCGUAACCGGCUGGUCUUGAACCCGCUUGAGCCGUCCAAGCGCGAGCGCAAGACGAACUACAGCGUCGACGCGUACUACAAGGACGCGAUGCGGGCUGGACCGGCGCAGAAGGAGAAGGUGGUGAAGAUCCCCCGCGCUCCGAAGCAGGUUGCCAUGCAGGACUUCCAGUUCUUCCCGCCGCGUUUGGCGGAGUUGCAGGAGCGGGAGCUGGCGGCGCAUAAGCGGUUGAACGAUAUCAUUGCUGCGCCGAGGGAUCCACAGACGGAGGAGGAUACGCCGGAUAAGUUGGAAGAGGAACGGAAGGCGGAGCAGGAGUUCAUUGACAGCGCCGAGCCAUUGACUGAGGAAGAGUUGGCGGAGAAGGACGCGCUCAUCGCACAAGGCUUUGAGUCUUGGAGUCGUCGUGACUUCCAGCAGUUCAUCAAGGCGCUUGAAGCUCACGGAUGGACCGACGACUACAACGUCAUCGCCGCGGAGAUCCAGGACAAAACGCCGGAGGAAGUGAAAGCGUACUACCCCGUCUUCAAGAAAAAAUGGAAGACCCUAUCCGACCACCCACGGAUCGCCCAACGUAUCAACGAGGGCGAGGCUAAGCGCAACAAGCGCUCCAACCUCGAGAACCUGCUCUCGCGCAAGAUCGGCAGCGUGCGCUACCCCAUGCAAGAGCUCGAGCUGAACUACCCGACGACCAAGGGCAAGGUAUACAGCGAGGAGGAAGACCGGUACUUGCUCUGCCGGUUGCAUCACUAUGGAAUGGGCCUCGAGGACGUCUACGACCGGAUCAAGAAAGACAUCACCGAGUUCCCCGUCUUCCGCUUCGACUGGUUCUUCAAAAGCCGGAGUCCGCAGGAGCUGCAGCGGAGGUGUAACACGUUGCUGGGUAUGAUUGAAAAGGAGCAGGAGGAGUCCGGCGCUGGUGCGAAGAAGAACGGCACCGCUGCGGCAGGCGGCUCGGUGGCUAGGGGGAAGAAGCGGGGGCUCGAUGAGUCCAAGGCGGAGAGCCGCGCUUCGACGCCUGCGAGCGUUACGCCGUCUGCAACGACGUCCAAGCGUCCGACGAAAAAGAAGAAGACAUAA